AUGGCAAAGGUCAAAAAGAAGCACACACGGGAGGAGCAGAAAAGGCUAGCCGCUCUUGCAGCUAAAGAGCUGGAGCAGUUGAAGCAACAGAUACAAGAGCUGUCUCUUGAGCAGGCCAAGUUGUUCACGAAGUUUGAUGAUCUACCGCUCACUAAAAAUACCCUUCGAGGAGUGAAGGAGAGUAGUUAUAUUACAAUGACUGACAUUCAGCGCGAUUCCAUUCCCCUUGCCUUGAAGGGACACGAUAUACUUGGUGCUGCAAAGACGGGGUCGGGUAAAACACUUGCUUUUUUGAUCCCAGUGAUCGAGAAGCUCGUGCAUGAAAAUUGGAACGAAUUCGACGGAGUGGGAGCAUUGAUCAUUUCUCCAACCAGAGAGCUUGCCAUGCAGAUUUACGAGGUGCUACUGAAGAUAGGAAAACAUCACAGUUUUUCUGCCGGACUGGUGAUUGGCGGAAAAGAUUAUGAAUUUGAGAAGGAGAGAAUUGGCAGAAUGAAUAUCUUGAUAGGUACCCCUGGACGCCUAUUGCAGCACAUGGACCAGUCUGCCACGCUUAAUCUUACUAAUUUACAAAUCCUGGUUCUUGACGAGGCCGACAGAAUUCUAGAUCUUGGAUUCAAGAAGACGCUAGACGACAUUAUCAGCAAUCUGCCACCUGAACGCCAGUCCCUUCUAUUUUCCGCUACCCAAACCAAGUCAGUGCAGGACCUGGCUCGACUUUCUCUUGUGAAUCCAGAAUACGUGAACACAAGCUCCGAUACGAGCUCCACUCCCGAAUCGCUAGAGCAAUCGUACGUGGUGAUACGACUUCAAGACAAGCUGGAUAUUCUAUGGAGUUUUAUCAAGUCGCACCUUGAUAGCAAGAUUUUGGUGUUUGUUUCGUCUUCAAAACAGGUGCAUUUCAUUUACGAGGCUUUCCGGAAACUGCAACCGGGAAUUUCGCUCAUGAAGCUGCAUGGACGCCAGAAGCAAAAGGCCAGAAUGGAGACCACAUAUAAGUUCAUAGAAAGCCGCCAAUGCUGUCUGUUUGCGACGGAUGUGGUGGCGCGUGGACUCGACUUUCCUGUCAUCGAUUGGGUGGUCCAGCUGGACUGUCCCGAAGACGUGGCUACAUAUAUACAUCGUGUUGGCCGGUCGGCUAGGGCAGGUCGUGCCGGAAAGUCCCUGUUGAUGCUGACUCCCAGUGAGGAAGAACCUUUUGUGAAGAGGCUGGAAAGCAAGAAGAUCGCUCCAAAGAAGCUCAACAUCCGCAAUUCGAAGAAAAAAAGUAUCCGCGACCAGAUCCAAUCUCUCUGCUUCAAAAGCCCGGAUCUGAAAUAUUUGGGCCAAAAGGCUUUUAUUUCAUAUGUCAAGUCUGUGUACAUACAAAAGGACAAGGAGGUGUUUGACGUGAAGCAGCUUCCUCUGGACGAGUUUGCCAAGUCUCUGGGAUUGCCUGGAACGCCGAAAAUAAAGAUGGUUGCAGGGGACGAGGAACUGGCUAAACAGAAGCAGAAAAAGAACGCAUCUCGUCAGCUCAGCUUACUGGCCAAAGCGAACGAGAAUGGUGAGGUGGAAGCCAAGAAAACGAAAACGAAGUACGACAAGAUGUUUGAGCGGCAAAACCAGGGUGUUCUUUCGGAACAUUAUAUGAAGCUGAACGUGGAUGCACAAGCAGAGGACGACGAUGACUUUUUGGCAGUGAAACGGAAGGACCACGAGCUGCAGGAUCUGCAGGAUCUGCCUACGUUGGAGGUGAACACCUCGAAAAGGGCCAUGAAAAAGGCAUUGUCGAAGAAGUUGGCUGCCAAGGCUCGUGGAUCGGGCACAAAGCUGGUGUUUGACGACGAGGGAAAAGCACAUCCAAUCUACGAGCUGGAGGACGAGGAGAAGUUCCAUAAGGAGGGUCCAGCUGAUAAGUUGAAGGAGGAGUUUGUGAAUGAGGAGAAAAAGGCAAUGGAGGCUGCCGACGUGGAGGACAAGGACACAGUGAAAAGAAAACGGAGAGAGAAAAAAAUUAGAAGAAAAGAGCUGGAGAAAAUGCAGCUGGAGCAAGAUUACAGCGAGAGUGAGCCCGACUUGGAGGCAGACCUGGAGUCUUCGAGCGAUAUUGACGAUGAACGGCCGGCAAAGAAGCCAAAAUGGUUCGAGAAGCACGAGCAAAAGACACAGAGGGAGCCGGAGGUGAUAGAAUACGAACAGCCAGAGACCUUGGAGGAUCUGGAGGCAUUGACAGAAAAACUGAUUCACGGAGAAUAA